UAAAUAAAUGAAAUUAACAGGAACGGGUCCCGAAGCCGUUUUCCUUAUCCUUGUUUCUGGUUCCUAACCCAAGGCAGGCAUUCUGAGUUAAUCUUAAUUCCAUAACUAGUAGCUUUCUUCUCUCUCUAUGUCUCGAAUACUCUUCUCCGCAUGGAACAAGAAGAAGCUGCAACUCAACUUAUUAACACCAACUCUUUUUUCUUGUUCUUCACACACCCACUUCUCCAACGCUCACGGUGGCGGUGGCGCCAAUAGAGGGCUUCUCCGGCCCACUUUGAGACUCUACAGUAGUAGCAGUGGGGAGCCUCCAGAGGAUUGGCCGCCUACGCACACUCCUCCCACAGUCAAUUUCAUUCGGGCCUCUGGGCCCAGGGACGACGACAACACGGGUUGGGUCGGGGGGUCCAAUUUGGGUAAGGAUUUUCCAACUCCAAAGGAAAUCUGCGAGGGUCUCAACAAGUUUGUUAUUGGGCAAGAGAGGGCAAAGAAGGUGCUCUCAGUUGCUGUUUAUAACCACUACAAAAGAAUAUACCACGCCUCUUUGCACAACGGGUCAGGGGCAGAUGCAUUGGAUGACGAGGAUAAUGUGGAGCUAGAAAAGAGUAACGUUCUCUUGAUGGGUCCAACGGGUUCAGGGAAGACAUUACUUGCCAAAACACUAGCUCGUUUUGUCAAUGUUCCGUUUGUCAUUGCCGAUGCAACUACACUAACACAGGCUGGUUAUGUUGGAGAAGAUGUCGAAUCAAUAUUGUAUAAACUACUUGCGGCAGCAGAGUUCAAUGUUCAUGCUGCUCAACAAGGGAUUGUUUACAUUGAUGAAGUGGACAAGAUAACUAAGAAGGCUGAGAGCUUGAAUAUUAGCCGGGAUGUUUCUGGUGAAGGUGUUCAGCAGGCACUAUUAAAAAUGCUUGAAGGAACUAUAAUAAAUGUUCCCGAGAAAGGAGCAAGGAAGCAUCCACGAGGUGAUAACAUACAGAUUGACACAAAGAACAUUCUUUUUAUAUGUGGGGGAGCAUUUGUUGAUCUUGAAAAAACCAUUUCAGAGAGACGACAAGAUUCUUCAAUUGGUUUUGGAGCACCAGUCCGUGCCAAUAUGAGAACUGGCGGAGUUACAAAUGCUACAGUCACAUCAUCUUUACUUGAAUCGGUGGAAAGUUCUGAUCUUAUUGCAUAUGGUCUCAUACCAGAGUUUAUAGGACGAUUUCCGAUCUUAAUUAGCUUGUCAGCUCUAACUGAAGACCAACUUAUGCAGGUCCUCACAGAACCAAAAAAUGCUCUGGCCAAGCAGUACAAGAAAUUAUUUAACAUGAAUAAUGUAAAGCUACACUUCACAGAGAAAGCUCUGAGAUUGAUAGCAAAAAAGGCAAUGGCAAAAAAUACUGGUGCCAGGGGUUUAAGAGCCCUACUGGAAAGCAUUUUAACUGAAGCCAUGUUUGAGAUUCCAGAUGUUAAAGUGGGAAAUGAACUGAUUGAUGCAGUUGUUGUUGACGAGGAGUCAGUAGGAUCAGUAAAUGCCCCUGGGUGUGGAGGAAAAAUUCUCUGUGGAAGUGGUGCUUUGGAGCUGUGCCUAGCCAAGAUGGAGGGUUCGGAGGUUAACGGUGACGUAGCUGAACCAGACUUACAAGAGGGGGAAUCGGAGAUUUCAUCAAGAGCCAUGAGCAUGUAAUAUUAUAUUUACCACAAUCAAGGUGUAUAAUUUAUCAUUGUCAAUGUCAUCUGUAAAAAUCACAUUCAUAAUUUGCUGUAAUUAUUCCUUGUAUAACAGUGUAGCUUCUGUUUUAAGUUAAUUGGAUAGGAAGGAUAUAGAAAAAUGAAGGAUGUAGCAUUGCUAAUUUAGGCAGCACGUCAUCCAAAAUAUAAGAGGAAUGUUAGCAAUAUUAUGGCGAUUUUCUUUUCUGCUGCCCUGGUAAUAUUAAGGGGAGGAAUGUUAACAAAAUCCAUCUAUUUCUA